AUGAUGCUUGUUAUCUCAGGCAUGAUCCUAGUGUACGACCUCAAUCUCACCACUUGGAAGCAAUGUCGGGCAUCGAUCACAGUGUGUCUAUCCUUGUACUUCUCCUUGAAGGUUUUACUAUAUAUAUUCUAUCUGGAAAGGACACACAUUGCAUGUCAACCACUUGCGCGAAGACACGACACGAUGUGGAUUGGCGGCAUAGUCAUGACCGUUGGAUUUUUCGGAGGCAUGACUGUCUGGUGCAUCGCUACACCUCACUCUGCUAUUAGUGUACACGAUGGUCAUUGUCGAACCGGAAGCGACAUGAUACCAUCCUACACCACAUUUUCCACUGAUAUUGUGAUUAACUUCUCACUCACGGGCGUCUUCAUCUGGCUGAUCUUACCUAUUUUGAAGAGCCAGGCACGGGGUCCAACGACUGUCGUGGAUGAAUUUUCACUGUCUCCUGCUCUAGGUCCGUCUGGACUCAGGGGAGUCCUGCGCAGCAAUGUCGAGAGAGACGACCCACUAGCUUCCAGUGUCAAGAAAAUGAUUAGGAGAAAUAUCAUUGGAUCUAUCUUGACAUUCGUAGCCGGCGCAAUCAACCUAAUUGUUUACUUUGUUAAUGCAACUAGUCAGAUCAUAUUUGUGUGUUAUACAAUGUGUAUCGUCGACGUAGUGUUUGGAGUCCUGGUCGUCCAAUGGCUAAUAUUCGGGUCACACGAACCAGAUAUGAAUUUCAAUCCACCGCCCAGUCACGCUAACCUUGCGAACUUACGGAUGGCGUAUAUCGAUAAUCGUACUAUGCCUGAACGCAUCAACAUCUCUACUAAAGAAUCAAGACCAGAAUCAAAAUGCGAUAUAGACUUCAUUACUAUGCCUGAGAAUUUUGAAACUUAA